AAUGGGCGGUUCAGGUGGCUACCUGUCCCUCCCUCCCAUGCUAUCAGCCAUCCACACUUCCCAGCUGGCCGCCCUCCCACGACUCCCACAGGCACGCCACACUCCCAUCACCACACAGAGCUCCGGGGACUCUAUGCCCGGGAUGACCCAGGGGCGUGACCAGACCUCGCCGCACCUGCCCCUCCAGCGCCCACACCAUCCGCGCAUGCGCCGGAGCUUCACCAUUGCUGACCUGCUGGGGGCCGGAGACGACCAGCUGGAAGGUGCGGGUAGCCCCCUGGCGGGAGCCCUUGAGGAUGCGGGUAGCCCCUUGGCCGGAGCCCUUGACGGUGCGGGUAGCCCCCUGACCGGAGCCCUUGACGGUGUGGCUCUAGGCCAGGGGCCCUCCCCUCGCCUCUACGACGACCAGAGGGACACAGUCUCCCCUCAGGAAGACACGAUGGACGGUUGUCACGGUCCCGCGGACCCGGGUUCCAGGUUCGAGUGGCUACAGUGUACCCGAUACCACCCACCCAAGCUACCCAGAGUGAAGAGGCGGGAAGGCGGGCAGAAGAGGAAGCUGGGCAGGAACCCCCGAGUGCCCUUCUCCUCCACCCAGCUGGCGGCCCUGGAGGCCAGGUUCAGGCAGUCUCAGUACCUCUCCUCCUGCGACGUGGCCGACCUCUCCCUCCUCCUCAACCUUACAGAGACCCGGGUGAAGAUUUGGUUCCAGAACCGUCGGGCCCGGGAGCGGCGGGACCGGGAGGCGAGGGUGAAGGGACUCGUCCCUCCCUCGUCCUCGUCCUCGUCCUCGUCGUCUCCGUCGUCCAGCACGGGGGGCCCGCUCCCCCCCUCCGCCCUCGCCCUCUACCAGUUUACCGCCGCACUGGCGCCAGGCUCCGCCUCCGCCUUCACUCCCGUCAUGCCCCGCCCAUUUGACGACGCUCCACCCACCCAGAUGCUUGGCUCCUCCCAUGCCCCGCCCACCCAGAUGCUUGGCUCCUCCCAUGCCCCGCCCACUCAGCUGCUUGGCUCCUCCCACGCCCCGCCCACCCAGAUGCUUGGCUCCUCCCACGCCCCGCCCACCCAGGUGCUUGGCUCCUCCCAUGCCCCACCCACCCAGAUGCUUGGCUCCUCCCAUGCCCCGCCCACUCAGCUGCUUGGCUCCUCCCACGCCCCGCCCACCCAGAUGCUUGGCUCCUCCCACGCCCCGCCCACCCAGGUGCUUGGCUCCGCCCAUGCCCCGCCCAAGACGACUACUCCGCCCGGCGUCGAUACCCCUGUUGUGGGGGUCACUGGGGGGUUGUCCCCCAGGCCACGUGACCCCAUACCCCCACGACUCCCCCCCUCCUCCCCCCAGGCGGCCUCCCCCUAA